GUGCUGGGGUAAGAUGGUGGCGCUGGCCCUGUGGAGGGCGAGUCUUGUUGUGCUUCACAGCGGCUGACUAUCGGCCUGCUUUCCAAAAAAAAAUUACGUUCGAAAAGUUACCUUUUCCCACUUUACUCCCCUUUGUCUUCCCCCUUUAAAUGUCCUACUGGAGAUGUGUGUGGAUUUCUGAAAGCUGCCAGCUUUUUUUACCAUGGCUUUGAGGGAGCUGAAAGUUUGUCUGCUUGGGGACACAGGGGUCGGUAAAUCCAGCAUUGUUUGGAGGUUUGUGGAAGACAGUUUUGACCCAAACAUCAAUCCUACAAUAGGGGCAUCCUUUAUGACAAAGACAGUACAAUAUCAAAGUGAGUUGCACAAGUUUCUGAUCUGGGACACAGCUGGUCAGGAGAGGUUCCGUGCUUUAGCGCCAAUGUACUAUCGUGGAUCAGCUGCUGCAAUCAUUGUAUAUGAUAUCACAAAAGAGGAGACAUUACAAACGUUGAAGAACUGGGUGAAGGAACUGCGACAACAUGGGCCUCCAAAUAUAGUUGUAGCAAUUGCAGGAAACAAAUGUGAUCUGACUGAUGCCAGGGAAGUACUUGAAAAGGAUGCCAAGGAUUAUGCAGAUUCCAUUCAUGCAAUCUUUGUGGAAACUAGUGCCAAAAAUGCCAUUAACAUUAAUGAGCUGUUUGCAGAAAUCAGUCGUCGGAUUCCUUCAACAGCUGUCAAUCCAGCAACAAACAGUAAAGGAUUCAAGCUCAGGAGACAGCCUUCUGACCCGAAACGUAACUGUUGCUGACCUUCCAUGAAUGAAUCUUUUCGGAGCAACGUGUAAAAAGAUGGAUGGAUUCCUGUAAAACCAUCCCUCUUGCAUUCAGCUUUUCUGCUGUGCUCUCCUUGAGGAAGAGUAAUAGCUAGUAUCAAAAUUACAAUUCCCUUUUUUCUCGAUAAAAGUGCUCUGAGCAACACUUUGCUUGUGUUUUACACUUUGCGUCCAGAAGUAUAAAAACCAAUGAACUAGGGGAUCGUUUAAGUGAUCAGCAGGAGUCUGGUGCAGAGGUGCAUAACAAAACUUUAUGGGUUUUUCCUUUGCGUGUAGGUAAACCUCGUUAUUGCAUAAAAAAGGGAAAUUAUAAAAACUGAAGCACUUUGUUUAGUUUAUGUUUUGUAAUUGGAUUCCCUUUUGAAGUGCACUCUGAGGGGCAACAAUCUGAAGUGAUUCCUAUGUUAAAACCUGUUGAACCCAGGUUUCAGAAAUGCAGAGCUAAGUAUGUAACUACUCCAUGUAACUCUCCAACAAGAGCCUUUUCCUCUUGUUUUAGGAAGACACAGUUCAGUCUUCAGAACACAACUAUUUGAACUCUAGCUUGUGCGAUUGAAAGGAUCAAAAACACCUCAAUAUCUGUCUGUUAUCCUCUUCAGCUGUUUCCUUUGGCCAUUAAAAAUAUCCAUGUGAGAUGAGGUACUGUCUCUUCUAAGCAAGUCACAUGAUGGCUCAUGUACUGUGGACUGGAGGAAAAUUAGAACUAGUCUUGAAGAAAUGUUUAGUUAUACUUAACAUGGAGGCUAAUAGAAUAAAUACACCACAUAUUAUGUGGUCCCAGGCCUGAUAUGAGCUGGCUAGGAAGUUCUACCAUUGACGAAGAAGAAGAAGAAGAGUUAAGUACUCCUGCUUCUGAUGACCAUACUGCUGGAAGUUUGAACAUGUGAAUAUCCAGUAAGGACAGUCUGGAGCUCUGCUUCAGGUGAAGUACUUGGCCAAAGCUCACUGCAGAACCUCUUGCCUGGAGGUGAGCUAUCUACUCUCAGUCAAGAGUUUUUCCAUUCAAAAGGGGAGACAACCUAAAUAUGUAUACAGUAAAGAAUAAUGUUUUGCAUGUAGGGAAGUGUUCUUGACUGUUGUGUUUAAUCAGCUAAAUUCUGAUUGGUGAAAUGAGGCUGUAUUUCUAAAUGUGGGGCAGAAGUUUGCACAUUCUUCAAACUAACUUCCAAGUCUUUAGAUUGUUCCCAUAGGUUGGGAUCCAAAGUCAAUGUUUUCUGAAAUCCUAUCUGUCUAUGAAUGCAUAUCUGACAACCUUGCUCAUUUAGUGAAUGUUGAGAGUUUUAAGAAAUGUAAAUCAGAAGAGUGGUUUGGUUUAAGUUUUUUUUAAAAGAACCACCCAGAUUAACGCUAGCUUCCUUGAUCAUUCUAACUUAAUGCAAUUUUGAGCAUUUUGGUGGCCAGACUUGAUCAAAGACCACCCAGUUUUCUUUUUGAAGAGUACUGUAUUGUCAGAAAGUCUUCAAUUGAUUAUAUUUAACUAACUGACCUGGUUUAGGUUAUCAAAUUGUACUUUUAUCUUUUUAGUUUUUACAAAGUAUUUGGUGGUUUUUUUCUUUCAUCAAAUUGAAAGUCACCUUGAGAGCUAUCAUGUUGUACUAAGGAAGAUGAGAAGAGUCUGUAGGUUAAUACUUACUUGCUCUAUUCUAUAUUUCUAUUUGCAAGCAAAGUGAUGUGAAAUUCUGGUGAAAAGUUGUGAAGUGUAAUCGGGGAACUUUUUAAAUAGAUUGGCAAGUGCCACUGUCAGCAAAAUUCACUUUCGUCCCUUCUGUGCUGGGAGUACAGUGAGACCAGCUGGAUAGUCACCUUGGUAGAUGUUAUUCAGUGUCAGCUUAUUAGUUGUAAAUAAGUUAGGUCGUUGAAGCUGAAAAUAUCACAAAAUUAAGAAAUUCACUACAAUUAGUGAAGUGUAGUUAUUGUUACAACAAUCAAUUUCCCCUGUUCCUUCAAAUACAGAAUGUUGAAGACUAGGUAACCUGAUUUGGUAAUGUUGGUUGAGGGAUAAACAUUGACGAAGUCAUUGGAGUACACUUGUCUGCUCUUGUUUGACAUAAUGUUAUGAGAUUUUUCAUGACCAAUUGAGAGGACAGAUGAGCAAUUUGCUUAACAUCUGAAAAUCUACACCUCUGACAAUACUGCACUCUAAGGUCAGCCUGUAUUUUUGUACCCAUCCUUGGGUGGCACUUAAACCCAUAACCUCCAAAUCCAAUGUGAGACUGCUACCACCUAGCCACAGUGUAAACAAAAUGUACUUUUUUCCAGAAAAGUAAGAUGAACAAAUGCUCUUAGAUUAGGCAGGUCCUAUUGCUUUCUGUGCCGCUGUCCCUUUCCUAUGUGUUAAGAAUAAUUUUUUCAAGUGUAAUGUAUCGCUGGGUUUCAUAAGCAAAUUAACUUUGCACUUGUUUGAAUGUUUAUGGUGUUAAUGUCAGAUUCCAUUUUGUGAAGCAGUAAACUCAGCACUUUCAGAAGUGAGCUUAAGACAUGAAUUAUUGAAUGGAUUCACAUUGUCUUAGUUUUAAAAACAAUGCUUUGCUAUUCUUAAAAACAAUUCUUAAGUACAGACUGAUAAUCAAU